AUGUCGAGCGUCAACGAGAAGCUCGCGCGCGCGCGCGAGCAGGAUCUGCGCCGUGCCCGCAACCUCCAAGCCAAGCUGCGUCGCACUUGUGACGGCACCGAUCCGGAUGCAGCCGCAGAACCCGAUGUUCCAGUACAAACCGUUGCUUCCAGUGCAGCAUCAUCCUCGUCCAGGGCCGGACUCAUGUAUAUCUCCUCCACAGAACAGGCGCAGCGCGAAAGGGAUCAACGCUCCCGGGAGACGCAACUCCAACGCCAGGUCGCAGGUCCCAUCCCGCCCGAGUCGUGGCGCGGGGACUUCGAUCGACUCACGAUCAAUCGCGGCCUCUUUAUCCCAGGCUCAAAGGACAUUUCCACAACAGCCUCGGCCAGCACCCUCGGAGCCUUCCCGACCAAAGCGCAGCGCAAAGCCAUCUGCACCGUGCUCCGCUCGGUGUACGACAAAUCGAGCCCCAAGCCAACAGCCACAUGCGUCUCGGACCUGUUUGAAAUGACGCUUUGUGUCAUUGCAGAUGCGAUCAAUCGGCCGGAUUCCAGCCACGCGCACGGCAAAGGCAAGCAGCGCCAAGCACGCCCCGAGAUGGAUACCGAGCACGUGCGCGAGGUGCUGUCGUACUUGCCCCGGCGCAUGCAUCAGCGCAUGCUCGCGCUAUACGGUAGAGUUGCCGCCACCGAGUGCCCGCUCGCGGACUGGACAGCGCAGGCGCUGACCAACCAGAUGCAGGUCGAGGAUCACCCGGCCGAGGGUGACUGGGACGAAGAUGGCCAUUCACCGCCCAUCGACUUUUCUGCCGCACUCGCACCCGACCUCGACGGCAGCUUCACUGCGCUCGAUCUGUCGUUCUCGAGCAUCUCGACUCGAACGCUGAGCCGGCUGCUCUCGCUGGGCGGCGGCCAGGCAGGCGUGUCUCUGCGCAUGCUCAGCCUGGCCGGUUGGAACAGCCACAGCCACAGCCACUUGGCACCUGUGCCGCUCGACUCGCCAGGGCUGCUGUCAAUCCUGUCGCAGCUGCCCAACCUCGAGGUGCUGAGUGUAGCGGGCAGCCGCUUCUUCGGCCAUGCGCCCGAGAGGACGGGUAGGGUGGACACGCAGCGCACCGCCAUGUUUCUGCGCAGGCUCAGCCGCAGCCUGACCAAGCUGCGCGUGCUCGAUCUCAGCUUUUGCGCUUGGGUGUGCGCGGAUGAGGUGCAGGGCGUGUCGUGGGCGACCCCCGAUGCCGUCGCCUGGCCGCGCCUCGAACAUCUGUUGCUCGUGGGAUGCGAGUCGUUCGUCGAAUCGCUCGACGACAUUGCCGACGCCACCAUGCCACGGAGGCCCUCCGAGAGCUACGUUGGCGCCUGGCAUGCAACACACUCGCAGAGAGACCUGCGCGAGACUUCAGCCCCACGAGCAUCAGCUGCUCAUGCCGAUUCGUUCGACGCCGCUCCCACGCGGCCAUGGAUCCCGCCGCGAUUGGCCUCUUUUAGCCAGCUCAUCACCCACACGGUCAAGCCUAACAUUGCGACAUAUAUCGUACCGCCGCCAGCUGCAGCGCGCCAGCAGGGCGCCAUGGGCGAGGUGGUGCUGUGCGUAUUUUGUCCGCACUCGGACGAGCGCAUCGAGAUGUGGCAGUGGCAACGCGCGCGUGUCCUCGACGCCGUGCAUGGUCGAACCUCCUCCAAUGCCCGCCAUCGAAACUGGGUCGACGUGUGGUUCUAG